AUGGGGGUUCCGAUUGGGUCAGCAGCCACCGGUGGGAGUAGUGGGGAUUUGCUGAGCGAAAAAGCAUCCAAGAUGAGGGAAUCGCUGCUCAAGAGUCAGUCCAUUACUGAGAACAUGGUUACAAUCUUGGGUUCUUUCGAUCAUCGCCUCACUGCUCUUGAUACCGCCAUGCGCCCCACUCAGAUUAGGACUCAUGCUAUUAGGAGAGCUCAUGAGAAUAUUGACAAGACUUUGAAGUCUGCAGAUGUUAUAUUGUCCCAAUUUGAUCUUACUCGUCAGGCAGAGGCCAAAAUACUUAAAGGUCCACAUGAGGAUCUUGAAACUUAUCUCGUCGCAAUUGAACAGCUACGUGAAAAUAUAGGCUUCUUUAGCAGUAACAAAAGUUUCAAAAGCAGUGAUGGAGUGAUCACCCAUGCUAAUAAUCUUCUGAAGACGGCUAUUUCAAAGCUGGAAGAGGAAUUUAAGCAGCUGUUAGCAUCUUACAGCAAACCUAUCGAACCGGAUCGUCUUUUUGAAGGCCUUCCUAGUGCUAUGCGACCAUCAUCUGAUGCAGCUGGAGCUGAUGGAGAUGGAAAUGGAAAGAAUCCUUCAGCUAAUGGUCACCAUCAUGACCACCACCAUAUUAAUGCAGAGAAUGCUACUUACACACUGCCAACUCUUAUACCACCAAGGAUUCUGCCAUUGUUGCAUGAUUUAGCUGUACAAAUGGUUCAAGCUGGGAAUCAGCAACAAUUAUUUAAAAUUUACAGAGAUGCUCGUUCUUCUGUUCUCGAAGAAAGUCUACGAAAACUGGGAGUGGAGAAACUUAGCAAAGAUGACGUUCAGAAGAUGCAGUGGGAAGUUUUGGAAGCAAAGAUCGGGAACUGGAUACAUUUUAUGCGGAUUGCUGUCAAAUUACUAUUUGCUGGGGAACGCAAGGUUUGUGAUCAAAUGUUUGAGGGCUUUGACUCCCUCAAGGACCAGUGUUUUGCUGAAGUCACUGCCGGGAGUGUUGCUGUACUGCUUAGUUUUGGGGAUGCAAUUGCUAAAAGCAAGAGAUCCCCAGAAAAGUUAUUUGUGCUGCUUGAUAUGUAUGAAAUAAUGCGAGAGCUUCACUCUGAGAUCGAAAGUCUUUUCAGAGGUAAACCUUGCAAUGAGAUUAGAGAAUCUGCCUUGGGUUUGACAAAGCGUCUAGCUCGGACAGCACAAGAUACAUUUAGUGACUUUGAAGAAGCAGUUGAAAAAGAUGCUACAAAAACAGCAGUUGCAGAUGGAACUGUUCAUCCCUUGACAAGUUAUGUGAUUAACUAUGUGAAGUUCCUGUUCGAUUACCAAUCAACAUUAAAGCAGCUUUUCCAAGAAGUUGAAAAUGAAGAUGGCUCAAACACUGAAUUAGCUGCAGUGACAAUGAGAAUAAUGCAGGCUUUGCAAAACAAUCUGGAUGGCAAAUCCAAGCAGUAUAAAGAUCCUGCACUUAGCAACUUGUUUCUCAUGAAUAACAUCCACUACAUGGUCAGAUCUGUGCGCAGGUCUGAAGCCAAAGAUCUGUUGGGGGAUGAUUGGGUGCAAAGACAUAGGAGAACAGUGCAGCAACAUGCAAAUCAGUACAAGAGGAUUGCUUGGUCCAAGAUUCUCCAGUGCCUUUCCAUUCAAGGUCUGACAUCAUCAGGUGGUAGUUCAGUUAGUGCUGAUGGAGGAAAUAGCAGCGGAGUUUCAAGAGCAAUUGUUAAAGAUCGGUUGAAGUCAUUCAAUAUCCAAUUCGAAGAGCUCCAUCAGAGACAAACUCAAUGGACUGUCCCUGAUACGGAGCUGCGUGACUCCUUAAAACUGGCUGUUGCGGAAGUUUUACUGCCAGCAUACAGAUCUUUCCUAAAACGCUUUGGGCCUUUGGUUGAGACUGGAAAGAAUCCCCAGAAAUACAUCAGAUACAAACCGGAGGAUCUGGACCACAUGCUGAAUGAAUUUUUUGAAGGGAAAACCUUAAACGAGCCCAAGCGGUAG